AUGGGGAAAAUUACUUCCAAAACUUAUUUAUUGUUCAUUAACAGGCCAGCAGAAAAAGAAAAACCGCCGACCGCUAAAACAGACGAGGGGAUUUCUACCCAGCUACCCGUUACACGAAAAGCGAUUUCUUCAAAACCACCGAACACUAAACCAGAUUCUAGCCCGCUACCCGUUAUAACAAAAGCGAGUACAUCAAUUCCACCGACCACUAAAACAGUAGGGGACUCCUCUACCCCGCUACUCGUUACACCAAAAGCGAGUACAUCAAUUCCACUGACCACUAAAACAGUAGGGGACUCUUCUACCCCGCUACUCGUUACACCAAAAGCGAGUACAUCAAUUCCACCGACCACUGUACGAGAAGAAGGUUCUUCUACCACACUAUCCAAUAAAACAGAAACGAGUCCAACAACUUCACCGACCACUGAACGAGAAGAGGGUUCUUCUACCACACUAUCCAAUAAAACAGAAACGAGUCCAACAACUUCACCGACCACUGAACGAGAAGAGGGUUCUUCUACCACACUAUCGAAUAAAACAGAAACGAGUCCAACAACUUCAGCGACCACUGAACGAGAAGAGGGUUCUUCUAACAGACUAUCCAAUAAAACAGAAACGAGUCCAACAACUUCACCGACCACUGAACGAGAAGAGGGUUCUUCUACCAUACUAGCCAAUAAAACAGAAACGAGUCCAACAACUUCACCGACCACUGAACGAGAAGAGGGUUCUUCUACCAUACUAGCCAAUAAAACAGAAACGAGUCCAACAACUUCACCGACCACUGAACGAGAAGAGGGUUCUUCUACCACACUAUCUAAUAAAACAGAAACGAGUCCAACAACUUCACCGACCACUGAACGAGAAGAGGGUUCUUCUACCACACUAUACAAUAAAACAGAAACGAGUCCAACAACUUCACCGACCACUGAACGAGAAGAGGGUUCUUCUAACAGACUAUCCAAUAAAACAGAAACGAGUCCAACAACUUCACCGACCACUGAACGAGAAGAGGGUUCUUCUACCAUACUAGCCAAUAAAACAGAAACGAGUCCAACAACUUCACCGACCACUGAACGAGAAGAGGGUUCUUCUACCACACUAUCUAAUAAAACAGAAACGAGUCCAACAACUUCACCGACCACUGAACGAGAAGAGGGUUCUUCUACCACACUAUCCAAUAAAACAGAAACGAGUCCAACAACUUCACCGACCACUGAACGAGAAGAGGGUUCUUCUACCACACUAUCCAAUAAAACAGAAACGAGUCCAACAACUUCACCGACCACUGAACGAGAAGAGGGUUCUUCUACCAAACUAUCCAAUAAAACAGAAACGAGUCCAACAACUUCACCGACCACUGAACGAGAAGAGGGUUCUUCUACCACACUAUCCAAUAAAACAGAAACGAGUCCAACAACUUCACCGACCACUGAACGAGAAGAGGGUUCUUCUACCAAACUAUCCAAUAAAACAGAAACGAGUCCAACAACUUCACCGACCACUGAACGAGAAGAGGGUUCUUCUACCACACUAUCUAAUAAAACAGAAACGAGUCCAACAACUUCACCGAUCACUGAACGAGAAGAGGGUUCUUCUACCACACUAUCCAAUAAAACAGAAACGAGUCCAACAACUUCACGGACCACUGAACGAGAAGAGGAUGACGAUCAUGAAACAUUUUAUACACACGAAGAUAAUUAUCCCUAUGAAUAUUAUAAUAUAGAUCCGAACGAUUUUACUCCAGAUAAUUAUUGCGAAUUAGAACAAAAUUCAGAAGAAGCUAUUGACACCUCAGAACCUGAAAAUUUUCAUACACAGGCCUCAAUAACCGACAAACCGAAGUAA